CACGCACGGUCCCCCACCAUACACACUUUAGCCAUGGCCGGCAGUAUGAAGGGUACUGCUAUGGACCCUCUCGUACCUGAAGUGCUCAUGCCUGAGUCCUUCCCGGGGCCCAAACACUAUCAAGACAAGGGCUCGGGCUCAGACCAGGACCCAGACGGCACCAAGCUUCCGGCUGGGACUACAGAGGACGAUGAAGAGGAGGAAGAUGAUGAAGGAGGGAAUUCCGGGAUGGACUCUGAGCCCAAGAAACGGGAAGAUUCCGAUAAGGAGUGGAUAGAGGAGAGAUUCCGCAUUGACAGGAGGAAACUGGAAACCAUGCUUCAUGCCCCUUCAGAAGGGAACGGCAUGACUGGAGAGGAGUUCUUUGAAAAGGUAAUGAGGGAAACUUCUACUCAGGUGAAAUGGCCAUCAAAGCUGAAAAUUGGAGCCAAGUCAAAGAAAGAUCCACAUGUGAAAGUGGAGGGAAGGAGAGACGAUGUGCUCGAGGCCAAGCGGAAGAUUCUGGAACUCUUGGAGACCAAGGUCAAUAAAGUGACUCUGAAAAUGGACGUUGCUCAUACCGAACACUCUCACGUGAUUGGUAAAGGGGGUGGGAACAUUAAAAAGGUCAUGGAGGACACUUCCUGUCACAUCCACUUCCCUGAUUCAAACCGCCAUAGUGCCACUGGAGAGAAGAGCAACCAGGUGUCCAUCGCUGGACCUGUGCAAGGGGUGGAGUCUGCUAGAAGACACAUAAGAGAGCUGCAGCCUCUGGUGUUGACCUUUGACCUGCCCCUAACCCUGGUGGGUGGGGUUGUUACAGAUGCGGGGUCCCCCCUGGUUCAGCAUGUAGCACAGGCAUUUGGGGUGAGCGUCACAUUCAGAGCUCAACCCAAACUCUGCUGCUCCACCUGCGUGGUCCGGGGCCUCCAGAGGAACUGUGCUGCCGUGAAGAAGGCUACCUGUGUCCUCAUGGAGCUCCUCCUGGGCCAGGAGGCGGCAGCGGUUGCCGGGGUAACAGGGGUGAUGGUAAGCACCCAGCUGGAUGUGACCUCACAGCAGCACCUGUUCCUGCUGGGUCAAAACGGGGCCAACUUCCUCAACGUGAUGCACCAAACUCACACACAGAUCGUACUGCCUGACCUCACCGCUCCGCAGCACACACCUGCCCUGCUCAUCCAGGGCACUGCCAACGGGGUGUGUCUCGCACGACAGCAGCUGCAGGACUGCUUGCCAGUGUGUUUGAUGUUUGAAAUUAAGGACGAGGGUGAAUCAGAUCCUCAUAGACUUGCACAGAUGAUGCAGAAUCUCAGCGUGUUCAUCAGUGUCAAACCAAAGGUCAAACAAGCCGCUAAGUCAGUGGUGGUGAAGGGAUUGGAGAGGAACAUACUGAAUCUAUACAAGGCCAGAAGUCUCCUGCUAGGACUAGAAUCCUGUGAUGUUUCCAUGACAACUAAGAACUCUAGCGAGGUCUCCAUGGAAACCAAAUUAUGCAUGGACCCUCUGUUGGUCAACAAUGGAAUUACAGGCUACUGGCUCAACAUGCUAAGACAACAGCUUCAUCUAAAUGACACAGCCACUGUCCCCACAUCAGAUUUAGUGUCUAACGCUGCCCCUGUGAAGUCCCGCCUCUCUACCCCACCUGGAUUGGCUGCUCCCAUGGAUGAGGCACGAAUAGGAAUGAGGGUGGCCGACACUAAACUAGAGAAGAUCCUAGAGAAUGAAGACCCAUCUGCAAACACAGACAGCGAGCAAGAGGUCACUGAGAUCAAAGAGGUCACUGUCCAGCCUGUAGGGUCAGCUAGGAGGAACAGCCAAUUGGAGGCCACUGUGGACUCGACCCAGGAGUCACGGCAGUUAAUGACAUCACAGACAUCUCCAAGCAGGUGUGUGAACAUGGAGACAGAGGCCUUGAGUUUUAACAGAGACAGACGAUGUAGUCUUCGUGUCUUUCCCUCUUUGGACUCGAGCUCUAGCAAUGUGGUUCAGGAGUACGAGAGGAAGAAACGCCUUGCGACUGAAGCCAUGCAGAAGAAGCCAGUGGUGACAGAGGUGCGGACCCCCACUGACACCUGGAGUGGUCUGGGCUUCUCCAAGUCGAUGCCCAGCGAAGCUGUAAAGGAGCUACGUAGUGUUAGCCGCCGCUGCUAUAGAUCCUACCUCAGUAAUCAACAGCCAUGGAGCUCUCAGAGCGGGAAGGAGAGAUUGUGUAGUGGGAGCGACUCUGACAACUGGAGAGAAAGACGAGGGUCUGCGUCUUCAUCGUCUGUGUCAUCUUCCUCUUCCUCCUCUCCUACAUCCUUCUCCUGCUCGUCUUCUGCCAUGACUGCAUUCAGCUCCUCGUCUGCUCGUGGACACACAGAAAAGACAUCUGAGGGAUACCUGAACUGCAACAACUACUAUGAAGGUGUGUCUAGAUCACUGAUGGGCAGAUCUCCUAGUCCUCAUCUUAAAGACGAUCUGGUGGAGUUACUGAUGCAGCUAGGCCUGGAGAAAUACACCAUGAUAUUCCAGGAGCAAGAGAUCGAUUUUCAAACCUUUCUCACUCUCUCUGAAGAGGACCUGAAGGAAGUGGGUGUGUCCACAUUUGGAGCAAGGAGGAAGAUGCUCCUGACUAUUUCUGAUCUGACAAAAAAUAAGAUGAAACUCCAAGAAGCCCCUGCUGUGAAGCCCGGCUACUUAGAAGGCGGGGCUAGUGGCCGUCUUCCACGAAUCAUGGAUGAGGAUGUGGCUGCCAAGAGUAACCGCUGGUGAAAAAGGGACUCGGGGAGAUUGGGGGGGGGGGGACACACACCGCAUUAUGCAUAAUCCAGUUCUGCCAGGUUUGCGCUUCCCAUUAGUGAAGGCCCUAUGUGGCCAGUAAGACAAAGAGAAUUAAAAAAGAACGUGGUAUUACCAUUAAUUAGAGUGGAACAAGAGAAUGGACAGAUGUGAUAUGACUCUCAGAGGAAGCUUGCAUGGAUAUCUGACCUUCACUUUGGACUGACUCGUCCCACUACUGCCAAAACUUAAUAUGCAAACCUUAUGUCAUUUUCUUCCCUCUCUUUCUCUCUCUCUCUCUCUCUCUCUCUCUCUCUCUCUCUUUCUCUCUCCCCCCUCUAUGCAAUCAUCUGUCUACAGUACCAUGACACACUGUGCAAAUGUAAGAAUGUAUUAAACAUUUCAGACACAUGCA